CACUGACCAAACCCAAACUGUCCACUUAUUUAUCUUCUUAUCCACUCCCCUCUGCUAUUUCAUUUAUCCUUCGCCCAUAUUCUCUUUCACUGCAAACUGUGAGCGAGUGAGAGUGAUGGCUUGCUCAGCUACUUCAUCGGCCGCGGCUCUCAUCUCCUCUAAGCCAAGGGCUUUCUCCUCCAAUUCCAAGCCCUUCUCCCAAUCCCUUUCUCUCCCCAAUCCCUUCACUGGUCUCCCUGCCCCUCUCCUUUCUCGUCCCGCCUCCUUUUCCCUCUCCCGCGCCUCCCCUUCUCGCAAGUCUUUCGUCGUCAAAGCCACCAGUGAGCUUCCACUGGUGGGAAAUCCUGCCCCUGAUUUUGAGGCUGAGGCCGUCUUUGACCAGGAGUUCAUUAAGGUCAAGCUCUCUGAAUACAUUGGGAAGAAAUAUGUGAUUCUCUUCUUUUACCCGUUGGACUUCACAUUUGUUUGCCCCACAGAGAUUACUGCUUUCAGUGACCGCUAUGAAGAAUUUGAGAAGCUAAACACCGAAAUAUUAGGUGUUUCUAUUGACAGUGUGUUCUCUCACCUUGCCUGGGUUCAAACAGAUAGAAAGUCAGGUGGUCUUGGUGAUUUGAAGUAUCCUCUCAUAUCUGAUGUCACAAAGACAAUUGCCAAAGCCUAUGGAGUGUUGAUUCCUGAUCAGGGAAUUGCAUUGAGAGGGCUUUUCAUUAUAGAUAAAGAGGGAAUUAUCCAGCACUCCACCAUCAACAAUCUUGCUAUUGGACGGAGCGUUGAUGAAACAAUGAGGACUCUCCAGGCCUUGCAGUAUGUGCAGGAAAAUCCAGAUGAAGUAUGCCCAGCUGGGUGGAAACCCGGAGAGAAAUCCAUGAAACCUGACCCUAAGCUCAGCAAGGAUUACUUUGCAGCAAUUUGAGGUAUAGCCUAGAAAGCAGAAGGUAUGUGUUGCGUCCAUUAGGAUUGACUAAAUGAGUUUUUGUUUUUCAAUGUAUCUUUUUUGUUUUAAUGAAUUGCUUAGCCUUGGAUGGUAAUAUAAAAGUAUGGGGAAAUAAUCAAAUAUUGAUGUUUGGAUUGUGUCUUUUGUAUCUUCAAAGGCUGAAGCAUAAUAAUCUUCCUGUC